AUGCCGCAAAAGAGUUGGAUUCGAAAACAUCUGAGCAAGCAGAAGGAGCAUUACUCCAAACCCCACAGAAAGCACACCAGGCAAAAACCAGCCAACACUUCACAAACAUACCCAUAUCCUUCAGUCACUUACCAUGAAUCCCCCGAUAACUCCGAAGCACGCACGGAACCCCUAAAAUACUGCUCCGAUGAUCCUCUAGGCCGGAGUAGUCUCGAAAGCACACACCGUGCUGAUGGUGGAGAUCCUCAAAGCUCUUCAGGGGUUAUUGGUAACGACUGGGUUGGAAGCUCUGCUGGGUUCCGAUCAUCAACAUUGCCAAGCACCUCCAGACCAGACAAGCCAUCGGCUCCACGGAUAUGGCGGACUCCACCGCACUGGGAGGCUCUACAUGCUAGACAAUCAUCGCAUCACCGGACUACAGAGGAGGACACUCCUCCAGUUUAUUAUUCGGAUGAUGUGAACUUUCACCGAAUACAAAUGGCAAACCAACAUCCGGAAGUUUCGUGUCCUCCUCGAAUGUGGAGCACUGUGGAGGAAAAACAUCCUUCAAUACAUUGUUCAUGUGAUGUAAGUCACCCGGAAGUGCAGACAGCCACCCAUCAUCCAGAAGAGCACCCGAUAAUCUCUCGGACCAACCACUCCUCGCUCGGCGAUAUGGACAUCCUUGGGCAAACCCUCUCAGGACUCAAUCUAUCACAGUUCUCGAGUGCGCCAGCUCUAUUAACAUCCUCAACUUUUACUCGGGAAGGCGAGAUGGAUCAAGAAUUCGGACGUUUAUCCGACGAGCACUCCCAUUUCCAAUAUCUCCGUGAUGCUCGUCCCAUACUUAUGGCAGACCCCAGAGGAGCAGACUGGAGCGAGAUGACCUUGCCCCGCAUGCGACUAGAACGGGGGAUGGGACAUAUACUAGAGUUCGAACAGCUAAAAAAACAAGAAACUCUCUACGCUGCCAAUGCCUUUCCGGGAUACGGGAUUCCUUUCCCGAACCGUGACGAGCAUGACUCAACGUUCCUUCCAACCCAAUAUCUUCAACGCAACGAUGGAGUACCCUGCCCCAAGGCAGCGGAAUACCUAGAAGCAUACAACAAGCGCUGGUCUGAAAUUAACGCUCGCAUAUCAUCAUCAUCGUCAUCAUCGCUGUCAGAUGCAAAAGGCAAACUUUCUAUUCCAUGGCCGUCAUCGGCACCGGAUUUCACAAAAUCCUCCCUCUGCACAAAUAACUGCUUAUCGAUAGCGUCUCCUGAGCCAGCGACACCAUGGAAGAUAAAUGCCUAUCGAUUCUUCUGCUUCAGCUUUGGCUUCCAGGUUACUUGGAAUCACAGUGGCUACCAUCAUGGCAGCGGUGCAUUUGAUAUAACGUACGACGGCAACCCCGAACAAAGGAUGGAUAUGUGGAACGGACUACGGAAUCAGUUGAAGUUGGAGAAGGUUAGAUGGCAUGAGGAUAAGAUGAAAGUUGUGUUUGGGAUUGAUGCCGAGAGCGAGGAUUAUGGGUGUGUCCAGGCAGUGUGGGGCGUGGUUAUUGAUUUGAAGGAGAGGGUGGAUAGAGAGCUGAGCCAAGAGGGUGGGAUCUAG